GGCCCCACCCCACUGAAUAACACAGCGCUACCUAAAAGCAGGAAGUACAUUAGUGGAUCAUCCAUCCAAGCCACAUGCGACUGAAACAGAAAAACAAAGCUUACAACAUAUGAUUUUGCUCUGAUGUGGAUUUUUUGAUGCACUGCUGAGGCGAGCAGCCAAAAUCUGACAUCUAUAUAUCGCCUGGACGCGUCUGGACAAACAAGAGCAUGGGGCAGCAUCUUGGAAAACGUGAGCCACUUUCUGUUUCCAAGGGAUCCUCAACAGUAUCUGAACACAUCAAUUCAACAGACACGCCGGCGGAGUCACAAGAUGAGGUAUUUGGACUGGGGGAGGCAGACCUCAACCAGAACAAUGGCUGCUCCAGCAAGAGUCCAGUGGUGACUGACUCCAUGAAUGCUGAAGUACAUCACAGCAGCUGGAACCAGCCGAACACAGUCGACCCUAAUGCCUCAGGGCCACGCCCACAUUUGGUCCGCCUCUUUUCGCGAGAUGCCCCAGGUCGCGAGGACAACACCUUCAAAGACCGUCCCUCGGAGUCUGACGAGCUGCAGACUAUCCACGAGCACGGCGGAGCUGGAUCAGAGUGCGAGUCCGAGGGCACCGAGUAGAACUAGACCUUUCCCAACUCCAAUUUCUGCGGGACAAAAAGGCACCGCUGCCGAGAUUAGAGCAAACACUCAGUAUGGCAUCUGCAAGCUCUUCGCAGUCAACAUUCAGGCUGGGCCGUACUAAGAAGAACCCUACCGUUAUGGAUCAGAUCGGAAAGUUCUUUGGAGGGGAGAAGAAGAAGAAGGGGAAGGUGAGGAUUUGAGCAGGCUUGGUUUCAAUUUAGCAUUCACUUGAGCCUUUACUACUGUUCUUUAUUUGCUUGACCUGCAGUUAUUGUUUGAUUAUUAUCAGAUCGCCACCAGUAAAUGAUUUGUGUCGUAUUCUUUUUUGUUCGUUUGUUUGUUUAGCACCUUUAAUUUUUUGAUAUCUUACGAAUCGAAUACAAGCGAAACUAUAUUAUCCAGUAUUGACUAUUUUGGUUUGUUAUGGGGUUUUUACUGUGAUUCAGGGAUUAAGGAUGGAGUGUGAGAAUUGUUUGUAUAACAUGACUUUUAUAAAAUGUAUUUGAGACGCCUGUACAGGAACAAAAUGUAGUGUUUUUACAACUUUUCACUGACAGUUGUGUGGUAACCAGCAAAAGAUGGUACGCGUGGUAUAUUAUACAAAGAAAUUUAACGGUACAACGAGAAUUUCCACAUAUCUAUGAGCUUUUCUUAUGUGACUGAUGAGUAUCUUAGAUUUUAUAGCCAUUUUUGGAUCUAAAGUAUCUUAUAGAAUCACCAUGGCAUUGAGGGAGCACCUCAGGGUUUCCGUGGUACAGAAUGAGGCCGUUACAGAUCAGCUUGGUUCCUAAAAUGAAUUUUUCAUAGUAUUGGAAAUGAUUUUCAACAGUUAUGCUUGCACAAUUAUGCAAUUUCUAGAGCCUUAACCUUUACAACAACAAGAGUGGGAGAUAAAUAUAGUUCGGUGACAAACACCAAAGUUCAGACAUAUUUUGGAGGAGGAUUUUGGGGAAAAUAUUCAAAGAGAUCUCAGUGAUGUACGUAUUGUGACCUUAUUUCAAGUGCCAUAUGAUGGUUAAAAGCUAAAGCUGAGGAAUUGCUAACAUGUGUAGCAUCUAACCUUUAUUAAAUAGUUUUAAUAUACCUAAUCUUUUCAUGAGGAACUAUGUGCUAUAGUUCCAGGUGUAUAAUAGUUUAUCUCAGACCUCCAUUUUGCUGCUUCAACCAGACUUUUGAAAAUGCCUCAGGUUAAUCAUCUCUCAUCUCUGUAACAAAUGUGAUCUGUUAGCGUUUAAUGCUUCACUAGUAACCCCUAUAGAUUGUGUGUUGUUCGUAACAUUCUGUACGAGUUUGUGUAACCCAGAACAACCCUGAAGCUGUUCCCGAUCCUGUCUUUGAGCUUUUUUUUUGACAUUUGUUGCUUGAUUAAAAUAUAUCUAACAACAUGAA